AUGGAGUUUGAAGCAGCGACAUUCAACGCGUGGACCAGAAAGAGGUACCUCGAGCAGGGCAGGAAGCACUCGUACUUCAUAUACGACUACAUUCCGCUACGGGAGCAGUACAUUGACACGCUCAUGAGGGAUCUGGGCCUCAACCCCUUCCACAAGAGCAGUGUCUUUGAAGAGUGGUUUGUCAGGUACAAGCCAAGCGACUACCGUACCAUUCUCGAUGAAUAUCGCAGCAUCCGACGUCAUCAGUUGGAAACGCGGCCCCUAAAUCGUCACGCCAAGGCAUCAGGUCAGGGCACCGCGGAAGCAAACGGGCAUUCGGCCUGGCCAAAUUGA